GGCCACUGGGACAUCCCAGGGCUGGGACAUCCCGGGGCUGGGCCAUUGGGACAUCCCAGGGAUGGGACCCCCGUGUCCCUUGUGCCCAGGCCGGCCCCGCAUGCUUUGUGCCCGCGGUGCCAGCGCCAUGUCCCUGUCCCUGUCCCCAGGGAACCUGUGUGGCGGGGCGGGCGCGGCGCAGCGCGCGGUGGAGGACGCGUUCCUGCGGCGCUUCCUGCACGGCACCUUCCCAGGGCUCAUGGCCGACCAGGCCGUGCUCAAGCGCCGGGGGAACCUGCUGGUCAUCUGCGCCCUGCUGAGCCGGGCACUGCCACCCCACAAGCUCUACUUCCUGCAGGGCUACACCGAGACCCUGCUGGGCCACUUCUACAAGUGCCCCGUGCGCCUCGAGCUGCAGACCGUGCCCGCCCGUGUGCCCUACAAAUACCUGUAGGGUCAGAAUAAACCUAUAAACCUCCUGUAUGGUCUGGGAUAUCCCUCUCGAGCUGCAGACCGUGCCCACCCACGUGCCCUACUAGUAUCUGUAGGGUCAGAAUAAACCUAUAAAUCUGUAAACCUCCUAUAUGGUCUGGGAUAUCCCUCUCGAGCUGCAGACC